GGGGGCGCCGACGCCCCCGACCUCGCUCCCGGCUGCCUGUGGGACGCCGGCAGAGAACGGGCGCUGGGUCGAAUCUGCCCGGCGCCGGGCUUCGCCCUUGUUCCUUCGGGAAAGUUUACGCACACACGAUGCGCAAGCGCGGCCCCUACCCUCGCUCGCCGGACCGCGGCCGACUUCCGGCACACCGGCCCCGCACCGGCCGUCCGUGUCGCAAGAGGAGCUCAGCGCGGCCCUCCGGGCACUGUCCCGACGACGAGAAUGAGCGCAGCCACAAACUCCAGGAGCAUGAUGUUGCUUCGGCGUUGCUCUCCCAAUUGCUGACGUUCAUGUGGAUGUUCACGGUCAAACCAGAAAGAAAAGGAUCUUGGAUCUCGACCAGCUUUGUUUUCGCGCAACAUGAUCCACGCGUUUAUAUCCUACUAAAAGGAAAACUAAAACUAAGAUAGCAUUGCAUGGCGUGUGAUGUUCAAAACUGCUAACAAUUAUUCUUCAGGCAAAGGAAGCGGGUCAAGCGGACCAGAAGUCAGUCGCAGAAAUACUUUAUGAUAUACGGAGACAAAAAUUAUUACACUCAGCCCAUCCAGCCGUUGACUCAAAUCUUAAUCUUUUGACUUUCUGAACAUACACCACUCUCAAAUACUUGAAAAUUUCACAAAAAUGCUGCACUUCUUCACAGUAUUGCUGGUGGCGCCCGCGGUUCUUCACUCUGCAAUCACACCGGCGCGCGCAGUUUUGCCCCCAGGAUCUAGGCCGCGGAUGCGGCGAGCCAGAACGUAUUCUGCGUCGAAUACUGCAUCAUCUGCAGAGGAAGACACCUCUCAGCGUGUUAUCAUCGUCCCACCCCCUGCAAUGUCCAGGCCAUUGUCACAAAGAAGCCCCUCUCUGAGCAGGACGAAGUGGCGGCAUCGCAUGCAACCGGAGCCCACCGUCGUCCCCGAGUCAUCGGUACCAUCCCCGUCGGAGGACGAACUUGGAGAUAUAAUGCCAGGGCCAAAAGACAUAGACAGGCUUUAUCACGACCACGCGCAUCUGCCGGGCGUGCAGCAGCCAGACCACCUACAUUGUGGCAUUGUCGUGCCUCCGGAUAGCACGAAUAUAGUACACGAGAUUGAGAAGAAUUUGAUGCUGCAAGGGGGCCGACAAGUAGAUCCUCUUGUUGUAAAAAUUCCAGAUCUUCGACAACUUUCUGCCCGAGAUGUCCAGGUGCGUUCUUUUCCUAUCUGGCCGUCGUGUCCAGCAGAAGCAGCGAAAAUGAUGACACCAGCAGGAUCGCAGGGUGAUAGUUCAUUUGCACUAUCCAGAACCGCGUCUGAGGACUCCAAUUCGUCAUCUUCAACAUCACCGUUCAGUAUAACUGAGGAAGAUAUUAAUGUUGACGAGAACCAAGAUGCGCAUGCGCAUGAGAGAGUCGCUUUUCGCACGAUGUCGCCGGGGCGAGCCGCUUUUGCUUCAAGAACACCGGAAGGCGUCAUGGAUGCAGGCCUCUCGGCGGAGCACGAAUUUCUCGCAAGAGAAGGCAUUGCAUCUGUUGUGAAGAAGCGACGCGACGACGAGCAGGCACAAGACGAAAGCCACGACUUUUCGUUUUUCCGUGCCACAGACGAGCAUGGCGAGCGGGGACCUCUACUUCAUUCGGGGGCCGCCCCGGUGUCCACUACUUCUUUGCAUGGGCAAAAAGCGUAUGACGAAAAAAGCAAAGAGCCUGGAGAUCAUGAUGGAACAUCAACAGCCCCCCGGAGCAGUGCACUGUCAAGUAGACCGGCGACAAAAGUCAGCAGCCUGCAGGAAUUUCUCAGCAAGCAGAUGGAAAUCGAGCAGCUGAGCCUAAUUCAGGAAACGGACUUUCUGAAACAGUUUUACUUUGCAGAUGCAGAGCACGACAACGGAUACGAAACGGAAGAUGAGCGACGAAAUUCUUCCAGCAAUACUUCUCCAUCAAAAUCAAAAGCCCUCGAGCGGGACUUGCGCAGCCUGGUCACGGAAAAACUAUCCUUGACUCUGUUUCGCUGGAAGCUCGCGCAGAAGCGGGUGCAGCAGCUGAAGGAAGAGCGAAAAGACCUGUAUGUGCUGAAGUCUGGGCAAAAUCUCUGGCCGGAUUUGAAGCUGGCAGCGCGGGUGCAGGAUAUGCUCGUCUUUGCAGAAAAAAGUUUGAGCGGCAUCCGCAGGGAAAUCCGGGACCUGACCAACCUCUGGCAGGAGCUGCUGCCUGACGAGCCGUUUGGAAAGGUGUUGUUGGGCAACCACCUCGGGGGCCCCCUGCUUGCGGCGGAUGGAGACGCGAGUGGACCUUAA